AUGUCUCCAGUCCUUCCGCCUAUCCAAUCCCUUAGUGCCUAUAUGGGUGACUUUCAGCCAAUCAUAUUAGAUAUUCUCAACAGCGCAGAAAAGCCACAACCUGUUGUUGAGAAGAAAUUAAAGAUAAAAUACAAUUGGACACCUCAAGAGGAUUAUUAUUUACAGCAAUUCGUAUCAAUGUAUGGUACAAAGAACUGGUUCCUUAUCUCCUAUAAGAUGGGUUCAAGAAAUCCAAGGCAAUGCCGCGAAAGAUGGGAAAAUUACAUCAACCCAGAACUCUCUACAGAUCCAUGGACAGCAGAAGAAGACCAGCUUCUUAGAGAGAAGUACAGUGAAUUAGGAACAAAGUGGGGAAAGAUCUCCAAGUUCUUAAAGAAUCGUUCUGCCAUUGCAGCAAGAAAUAGAUGGUACCAACUAUCUAAGAUUGCUCGCAAUUAG